CAUCAAUGGUGUUUCAGUUUCAACCCCUCUCAUCAUCAUCAAAUCAACGGCAUAAUUACUGACUCUUUCUUUGAUCAGAUUUUUGUGUUCCCACGUCAAUAGCCUCCAUUUUUAGAAACAAACUAUGAUUAUGGAACAUUUUAGUCCAAAUCCUUAGCCUUAGCAGCUAGCACAGUAGCACACCAUUAAUGAAGCCUUUAAUAAUGGAAUAAAUCUCUUCUGAAAAUGGCGCCUCCAAUUGAAGAAAAUGACGCUUGAAUUGUUGUUUGAAAUUUGACAUUUCCCAAACUUUUCUGUCUUUAACUGUGAAGGCAGAAGGGCUUCUUGUUUUCUCAUUUCCUCGAAAUUCCCACUAGUAGUACUAAUCUGUUCAGAAGAGUAAUCAGAUUGUUCUCAUGGCCACCGCCGCCUUCAAAUCCACCUCCAAGCGCGGAAAUCAAAAUCCCACCACCACAUUUCCUCGGAAUUCCCAGCCAAAUCCCUCCACAAGGAAGCGAUCCCAAAGCGUCAGCGCUUUCUCCAGAGCCCAAAAGGCCGUUGACAUUACUACUAAUUCAGAGGUUUUCAACAAAAUAGAGAACCCGCUCUUCUUGAAUUCCUCCGCUUCUUCGUCUUCCACUUCUCCCACUAUUGAUGAUAAAGAAAUUGAUGGGAUCAGUACCAGAAGGGAAAAUCUGAAACGGGUUGUUGAGAGUACCGUUAACUCAGCUUCUGGUGCCAAUAACGCUGCUGAGAGGGGGCGAUCUUUUCAGAGGAAUUCUGGGGUUAGAAAUGGAAUUGGGCGUAGCUUGUCUAGAGUUCGUGGGAGGUCGGUGUCCCGAGCACCCCGUGGCGCCUCCUAUGAGGUAGUCUUGUUCCUAAAUUUCCUUGAAGUUCAGUUCUUUAUCGGCCAUUCCCUUUCUUUUUUUUAACUGCCAUUCCUUUUUGGUAUUUGGAUUGUUCCCUUUGUGUUUAUGCACGAUUCCUCAUAAUUUAUAGCUUAAAUCAUAAAAGAUCGGGUCGAAAAAUAUUUGAACAUUAUUAGUUUUAAUAGGAAUGUGAGUUUGUUGUUCACCAUUAUGUAUUAUCCUAAGGUUAUGCACCUCAGGGUGAACUGUAAAUGUUUUGUUUAAGGAGGAACUUUGCUUUCCUUUUUUUGGGUAGUAAUACACCGAUCACUGAUUUCGGGGAAAAACAAUUGAUCCCUUGAACUUCUGAUUCCUACAUUGGAAAGACACUGCAGAAUUCUGAUGAUUUAGUAACUUACAAUUGGGGAGGAAAAAGGAAAAGCUUUACAGGAGGUUGAAUUAUACAAAAACCAACCUUUAGGGAUCAGUCAUUUAUCAGCACUUGAAAAGGAGGAAGAGCUGUGAUUUUAUUUAUAGGCUUUAUACAAUGGUUUUUUUGGUAGUCUAUCUCAUCUUAAUUUCGAUAUUCAACUUCUAGAUAGGUUGCAGAUGAUCCUUUUGCUGGUGAUCUUAAAUUCAUGAACUCCUAUGUCGCCAUCCAUAUAUAGGCUAUUUUCUUCAGAAAAGGGAUGUAAGAGAUCAUUACUCUUGGGUAAUACCUACUCUCAAUGUGUAAUGAUUUCUUUUCGGUUGUGAGACAACAGGAGGUUCUUUAUAGUUGGAACAUAGAUAAGUCUUGUAGGUAUGUAACUGCUCUAUUGUGAUGUUAAUUAUGUCUAAGCCGUGGAAUAAGUGGGAUAAAAACUAUAGUCCCUGAAAAGAGAUCGAAGGUGAGGGAAGUGAUAAACAACAAAGAAUUCCUUGGUUAACUCUUGAUUCAUACUGGUAUUCGUAAGGUGGAUUUGCUAAUAGAAAAGGAGUAUGUAGCUUUUCUGGUCUCUAAAUGCACCCCUCAAAGUGGGCAUCAUACCCUACAAUUGUCGAUGUAAAUAGGCCUGCUAUUGCAGCUUUCUCUUUCAGCAAGGCUGGUUGUACUGGUUACUUUCAGUUCUGAGCAUAUGAUGCAGUUAUGUGCACUAAAUUUUGGUCUAUUACAGUUGAAAGUUCAAACUCUGCUUUUAUACCAUCAAAAUUGCAAAAGAAUUCAACUCCUGAUUUGAGUGUACGGUGGAAUCCUCUACCUUUUUAUAUUGUUGUAGUGAAAAGGAGCUCGAGGUGGCCAUGAUGACUAAUACUGACUACAAUGGUUACUCCAAACGAACAGCUUAUGAUUCUAAACUUGUAAAUAGAGUUAGAAAUGGUGCUGAUGUACAGAGAUCAAGAGUAAGUCCGAAAGUCACGGGCAGUCAGUGCCAAGCAACCGAGUGUUCUGAAGACGAUUCUGUUUGCAGCUUUCAAUUCUCGAAUUGGGAAGAUGGAACUUCAACGUGUUCACUGUCGGAAGCUGAAGAUAGAGUCGCCAAAGCUGUUUACAGUAAUGUGAGGGAAAAUCAAUAUGCAGGUAAUCCUACUGCAAGUGGAAUAUAUGAAACUAUUCAGUCUGAAGUCAGACGUGCUCUCUGUGACAUCCAAAAUAACAUUGGAAGUGCUAAUAUCAAUGGUAUUGCAAACACUGAUACACCACCUGACCUGGUCAAUGGUCAGCCAGUCGAAGUGGUUUUGGACAUCAGAAGAGAAUAUGCCAGAAAACUUGAAGAGUCUGAAGAACGAGCAAGAAAACUUAGAGCUGACUUGGCUAUAGAAGAGCAGCGUAGACAGGAAUUCAGUAGAAUACUCAAGGAAACUCUUCCUGAUCAUCAGACAUCUAACCCCCAGAACUCUCGAAUGGGAAGAAAGAGGAGCACUGAAAGGAAAAGGAUUUCAAAACGCCUUACUGAAGAAGCUAUGGCGUAUUUUGAUGAAUGUGUGUCUAUAUCAACUUUUGAUGGUUCAGACUUCUCUUCACCCGAAGAUCCACCGCCUAUAUCUGCUAGUGUUGGAUUCUCCACUCCAGUUUAUGAUACUUUGUCUACACCUCAACAAAGUUCCAGCGUCAGUGCAUCAAUAUAUGUGCCUGACUAUUCCUCUAACAACAGAAAGAAGAUGGAUGCUCACAAUCAGCUUAUGCAGUGCUGUGAGGAUUUUGAUUUGACAGCAGACAGGAGCUGUAGAAGAGUUUCCUCCAGAGAAGAUGUUGAAGGAACUACAAGUGGGAGAAGCCAUCGGGCCUACCACUUUUCUUUUGCUUCAAGACCAAAAGAAAAUGUCAAAUCUGAACACACUAUGAAGAGUUACUAUGAGCAUCUCCAGAAGGGAUUUUCAGUUGAUUCAAGGUCAAACUAUGAUGCUGGUGAGUGCAACUUACGUGGUAGUAUCGAAAGCUUGUUGUUCGACCGGGUCUUCUUUAGCAGCAGACUAGAAUCUGGAAGUUUGCACUUAUGCAGUGGUGGUCUUGCAAUUUCUUUUUCUCCUUUUGGGUCCUUACUCUAAAUUUUGAAGGCCCGAACAGGUUUUGCCCGUAUUAGUUCUUAAAAUUACCUGUCAUAUUUGGUUUCAAAACUUGACCUUAACAGGUCCUUUUGAAAGGUUGUUUUGUAAAUAUGGAACUUCUGGGAAGCAAAAUUGUGUUUUAUGUUGUAAAUUCAUCAUAUUCUCUUUUUACUGUGAUUACAGAUAAUGGUCGACGAUAUGAUAUACUAAUGCAGGGAUACCAUAUUUAUAUUAUGAUACUGCGAAUUGCAGAAUUUGUUCAGAAACCAGUUAUAAUUAAAAUUCUG